GUUGAUAGCACGACUCCAAUAUUAUCAUAUCAUUCGAGUGCGCAGCACACCGGCCUCCGGAAAGACAACCCUGAUGAGACUCGUGGCAAACAAGCUGUUUGAGACGCAUGGCAAAACAACACCUAUCCAUGUUCUUACAGGUUGGAAAUAUGAUCAGCCUCGCAGUAACUGGAAAAAGAUAUCUAGAGAGGAUGACAGAUGUUCACGGCAGGUCGUGGCUUGUCUAUUCAGGCUAUUUGCUUAUAGACGAGGCGCAAACGACAUACUCGGAUAGUUCGCUUUGGUCAAGCUAUUUCAAAACCAUCGAGCCUUGGUGUGGUGGUCCACGCGUUAUGCUAUUCUCAGCCCACUUUUGCACAGAAGACCGGGAAACCAAAAAGGCUCUCGAAUACAUCAAUUACAUCGGGUGGCUACACGAAGAGAAAACAAAGGAAGGUCGUCGUCGUUUUGUAUUUGCAAGUCCAAUCCACCGCUGGUACUGCCACACGCUCCUCUCCAUGGAUAUAGAGUCCACCAGCGAGAUUCACCACAGCACAUCGCUCAAGCUGGCAGUUGAUGCUAUUAUGAAGUUCAAUCUCUCCUAGGCACAAGAUUAUCAGCAAGAAUUCUUCCGCUGUCUGUUCACGAUACUUGAUGGUCAUUUUGUGGUGUCCCCCGAGUUCAUGAUCAAACCGGAUAUCAAAGGUGGUCCGAUUGACUUUUAUAUUGCUCAAAAAAAAAAAAAAAAAAAAAAAAAAAAAAAAAAAAAAAAAAAAGGGUCUGGGAAUUAUAGAAGACUGCGACCGCUUGGGCUGGUAUAUGGAAAGGAUUGAACAUGGUGGUCAGUUCCAGCCCAUGCA